AUGCCCAAAUCUCCCUCGGUGCGCACCCCGCGCACCACCACCACCCCCGCCCGCAACGCCAAAUCGCCCAGGGGAGCCGUCCACAGCCCCACACGCUCCUCUGGCGGCCCGUCCACGCUCCUCCCCAGAGCUCUCCCAGACCCCGAUGCCCUCCCGCUGCCCCCGAGCACCCUCAACAAGCCGACCCCGACAUUCACCUCCUGCCUCUCCAUCCCCGUCCAAGGCGCAAAGCCGAUCUCCCGCCCCGACCCGCCUGCCACAGCCACCGGCCCCACCCCCGCCUCCGCCACGUCCCGCCGCGCACCCCGCAAGUCAAAGACAGACGCCCUCGCCGCACUCCAGACCCACGCCCAAUCCAGCGAGGAGCCCGACGACACCGACCCCGAUGCCGCACCCGCUCAGGGCCACCCGUGCCCCGACCCCGCGCCCAUCCCCGUCGCCCCCGCCCUCGACUUCGCCGGCGUACGCACCUCCAGCCCGCGCGACGUCCCUCCGACCCCGACCCCGCGCCCGUUCGGCCUCGAGGACUGCCCCACGUACUAUCCCACCCAGGAGGACUUUCGCGAUCCCAUGGCGUACGUCAGGAAGAUUUCGGAGCAGGCGAAGGAGUACGGGAUGUGCAAGGUCGUGCCCCCGCCCGGCUGGAAGAUGCCUUUUGUCACCGAUACCGAGAACUUCCGCUUCACGACCCGCCUGCAGCGCCUCAACAACAUCGAGGCCUCUUCUCGUGCAAAGAUGAAUUACUUGGAGCAGCUCUACCGCUUCCAUCAGCAGCAAGGGAACACCCGGGUCGCCGUCCCGACCAUCAACAACAAGCCCCUCGACGUGUGGCGUCUGCGCAAGGAGGUACAUGCCCUCGGCGGCUUCAACGAGGUGAACAAGGCGAGGAAGUGGGCCGAUCUGGGCCGCCUGCUCGGGUACGGCGGCGUGCCCGGCCUUUCAACACAGAUGCGGUGGUCAUACAUCCGCGUCAUCCACCCGUACGAAGAGUUUUGCGAGCGCGUGCGCGCGUCGCCCGCCCUCGCCUCGCUCACGAUAGCCGCGCGCGACCCCCAACUGCGUACGCACGUGAACACGCAGAUGGUGAGCAAGCAGGCUGCAACGUCGGCGACCCCGGCUGCAGGCACGCGCUCGGCCCCGCCGUCCAGCCCGCUCACCGAGUCCUCUAGCCCGCUGUCAGAGCCACCCGACGACAACGACUACGCGGCCGCCAAGAGGGAGCAGGCAUCGCGUGCGUACCCCUUUCUCCGUGUGAUAUCCGCGUGUGCAUGUUCUGAUGGACUGCGACGCAGCUACAGGCAAGGGCAAAAAAUCGGCAGAGGACGACUCCAACCCUGUGAAAUCUGCCACAAGAACGACCGCGGCGAGGAGAUGCUCCUCUGCGACGGCUGCGACUGUGGCUUUCACAUGUUUUGCCUCGACCCGCCGCUCGCGAGCGUGCCCAAGGGACAAUGGUUUUGCCACACGUGCCUGUUCGGGACCGGCGGCGAUUUUGGGUUCGACGAGGGCGAGGAGCACUCGCUGUCGAGCUUCCAGGCGCGCGACCGCGAGUUCCGGAAGCGCUGGUUCGAGGACCAUCCGCCGGCGCAGAGGCCGGACGAGAAGGACCCGACGACGAGCCGGCUCGGCGGCGUGAGCGUGUCGGAACAUGACGUGGAGAACGAGUUUUGGAGGCUCGUCGAGUCGCCGACGGACACGGUCGAGAUCGAGUACGGCGCGGACGUGCACUCGACGACGCACGGGAGCGCGAUGCCGACGCUCGAAACGCACCCGCUGGAUCCGUAUUCGAAGGAUCCGUGGAACUUGAACAACAUCUCGAUUCUGUCGGACUCGCUUCUGCGGUACAUCAAGUCGGAUAUAUCUGGCAUGACGGUUCCCUGGACGUACGUCGGGAUGGUCUUCUCCACCUUCUGCUGGCACAACGAGGACCACUACACUUACAGCAUCAAUUACAUGCACUGGGGCGAGACGAAGACUUGGUACGGCAUCCCGGGAGAAGACGCGGAGAAAUUCGAAGCCGCGAUCAGGCGCGAGGCGCCGGACCUGUUCGAAGCGCAGCCCGACCUGCUGUUCCAGCUCGUGACGCUCAUGAACCCGAAGCGUCUCACGGACGCGGGCGUGCGCGUGUACGCGUGCAAUCAGCGCGCGGGCGAAUUCGUCAUUACCUAUCCCAAGGCGUACCAUGCUGGCUUCAAUCACGGCUUGAACUUCAAUGAGGCGGUGAACUUCGCGCUUCCGGACUGGUUGCCUUACGGCCGUCAGUGCGUUCAGCGGUACAGGGAACAUCGCAAGCUGCCUGUGUUCUCUCACGACGAGCUCCUCGUCACGAUAACGCAGCAGUCCCAAUCUAUCGCCACUGCUAUCUGGCUGAACGACAGCCUGAAAGAGAUGACGGAUCGCGAGAUGGAGGACCGGCGCAAGGCGCGGGCGCUCAACAUGGGCGAAUCCCUCAUCGAAGCGGACCAGAUCGAAGAGCAGUACCAGUGCAAGGUCUGUAAUGUGUUCUGCUACCUCUCGCAGGUCACCUGCGCAUGCAACAAGAGCAUCGUGUGUGUGGAGCACGCGGGGAUGCUAUGCUCGUGUGCGAUGAAGCGGCGCGUCCUGCGCACGCGCUUUUCCGACACCCAGCUCCUCGAGACGCAGGCGGCGGUCGCGGAGCGCGCGGCGAUCCCGGGGAACUGGCAGGCCAAGUUCGACAAGGUGCUCAAGGAGAGCGCGAGGCCGCCGCUGCGCGCGCUCCGUGCGCUCCUGGCUGAGGGCGACAGGAUCGGGUACAGCCUCUCGGAGCUGCACGACAUGCGCAAGUGUGUGAAUCGCGCGAACGAGUGGCUCGACGCCGCGAACGGGUUCAUCGUGCGCAAGCAGAGCCGGAAGCGGUCGAAGCGCGCGCGGCUGCGGAUGGUGCGCGGGGAGGGUUCGGCGUCGUCGCUCCAGGGCCUGGACGACCCCGGCGAGAGGCCGGACAGGGGCCUCGACGAGCUGUACGAGAUGUUGAAGGAGGUGGAGGACCUCGGGUUCGAUUGUCCCGAGAUCGGAGUGCUCAAGGAACGUGCGGCCAAGGCGGAAGAGAUGAAAGAGCGCGCGCGCACGCUACUGGCGGCGAGCCCGACCGAGGAAGAGCGCAGCGUGCAUCUGCAAGAGUGCCAGCGCUUACUGAUGGAGGGGUCGUCGAACAACGUCUACCUUGACGAACUGACAGACCUGGACAAGCUGGUCGCCCGCGAGCAGCUGCUGGACGAGCUCGAGCACGACGUGGACGACACGGUCAUGACUCUGGAAGAGGCUUCGCAGUACUUGGUCCGCGCGCGCGCGUGCGAUCUCCCGCUCGACAACAAGCAUCUGAAGAAGCUCGAGGCCCGCCAGCGCGCGGGGCAGACCUGGGACGAGCGUGCCAGGCAUGUGCUGUCGCAGCCAUACAAGACCAUCGAGGAGCUGGACGAGUUCGGGGACAUGGACGCGACGGUCCCGAUCGACCCGACCAUCCUGGACCGCAUCGGUACGGCGCGGCUGAAGGCGAAGGAGUUCGAAAAGCAGGCGCAGACGUGGCUCGUCCCCGAGCCUGGAGCCGCGAAGCCUCGAGUGCAGGACGUCCUGCGACUGGUCACGCGCGCGGAGAAGGACUUUAGCAUCCCCGCCGUGCGGGAGCUGAAGCGCAUGACGGACUUUGCGCUGGACUUGGAGUCGCGUUGCGACCAGGUGCUGAAGAACACGUAUGAGCACCAGGAGGACGAGGACAUCUUCGUGAUCAUGCUCAAGUGGGUCGACUACGCGAAGCAGCACCUCGACAUCUUCUCGCUGCCCAAGUUCGAGAAGCUGGACCAGCAGCUGACGCAGCAUUAUCGGUGGAUCGAGAGCCUGCCAUGGUACUGCGCGGACCACCGCGAGGCGCACGGGAAGCAGCUGUUUGACGACGUCAUGGAGAGCACCAAGCCUGAGGACGACCAUCCCCCCGACGACGAGUUCUUCACCUGCAUUUGUAACGACGCCGUCCGGCCCCCCGCGCCCGGGACCGUCUCUGACGCCGUGCAGUGUGAUCACUGCUAUGCGCGCUUCCACGGCCAAUGCGCGCGCAGCGGGGGCUCGUGCCCGUUCUGCGACCACCAUCAUUGGAACGGCUCGAUCCACAAGGAGCGCAGCUGGCACUUUUACUACAUGCCCACGAUCCUCAUGUACGCGCCGGAGAUCACCAAGAACUACUCGGAGGACUGGAAACAGCUGGAAGUCAUCGUGCACCGCGUCGACCGGCUCGCGGCCGUGAUCGGGCAGUUCCUCUCGUUCGCGUCGCAGCCCGGGAACCAGCGGCGGGAGUACAUCUCGCAGGUGCGGCACUUUAUGCGCAAGCUGUUCAAGAUCCAGUUUGCGGUGUCGCCCAACCCGGAGGUCUCGUUUGGGCUCGAUCUAGCGGGCCUGCACCGCAUCGUGGCGGGGCAGCCGCAGGCGGUGCGCACUAAGAAGCGGCGUAGGCCGAAGUUCCAGUUUGGCCAGGACAUCGACCAGGACUGGCUGGACGGCACGCGGUGCAUCUGUCGUGGCCGCACGCCGUAUUUGCUCAAUUAUCCGACGGUGACGUGCGAGCUUUGCAGCAAGGUGUAUCACGGCGGAUGCGUCUUCUUCCCGAUCGACUUUGCGCCUUACGCAGAGAACAGGUUCAUCUGUCCCUUGUGCUGCCUGCGCAAAAAUAGGCGGUACGAGUAUGCGGAGUUGCGGGUGAAAGAUAUCAGUGAGUGUUACACGCCCGAUAUGGAGACGUACGUCGAUACUGCGAAAAUGCUGGACAUGUUCAGCAAGGAUAUCAUUUACAAGACGCUCCGUCCGCCGUACACUCAGACCCUGUUCGUCGAGCUCAUCCGCUUCACAGCCGGGCAGCCGGACAGCGUCCCUGCCAACGGCACCCCGUCUCAUCCCAGCACGUCGUCACCUACCACUCCUGCCCAGACCAACGGGUUCUCGCACAGUUCGCGCACCCCGCACGGGCCCCUGCCACUCCCGCCGCCGGCGCCGCCACCG